AUGAUUCGCAAAACUUUGGGGGUAGCCAGCGUGGAUGUACAGAAGCUGAGGGACGAGAUUCCUGUCCUGGCCAACGUGACCUACCUGAAUACCGGAUGGUCCGGGCCGCCGCCGCGCCGGGUGGCGCAGGCGAUGAAGGACCGCAUUGACCUGGAGAUGGAGGAGGGGCCCACUUCCCGUCCGGUCCAGGAAAGCGGGCGCGAGGUGCAGGCCCAGGCCCGCCGGGCCGCGGCCCGGCUGUUCAACGCCGACACCGAAGAGGUAAUGGUAACCCGCAACACUACCGAGGGCCUGAACAUUGUGCUGAGCGGGCUGGACUGGCAGCCCGGGGAUGAAAUCAUAACCUGCAACCUGGAGCACGGCUCAGUUCUUGUCACCAGCCUGGUUACCGGCAAGCGCCACGGCGUCAAGGUACGGGUGGUGGACCUGGACCCCCAGGACUCGCGCGAGACCAUCCUCGGGAAGUUCGAGGCUGCUUUCACUCCUCGGACUCGCCUGCUCUUCGUCAGUCACGUCGAGUACUCCACCGGGCUGCGGAUGCCUGCUCCUGAGCUUACUCAACUGGCCCAUGACCGGGGCGCGCAAAUAAUGCUGGACGGCGCCCAGACGGGGGGGCACCUUCACCUCGAUAUGGCGGCGGAGGGGUUUGACUACUAUUCAAUCCCCGGCCAGAAAUGGGUGCUGGGCUACGAGGGCGUGGGUGCGUUGUACAUCCGCCGGGAACUGAUUGAAGGGAUACACCCGGCCCAUUCCGGGGGGCGUGCCGUAGUGCAUCCGGUGGACUAUGACAACAUUCAGCUCAACGCUGCCGACAUGGAGAAGUUCCACGGCGGUUCGUCCAGUGUGCCCCUGCAGGCCGCCUUCCUGGAAGCCGUCGGCUUCAUUGAGGAGAUUGGCGUCCAGGACAUCGAGGACCGCAACCGUCAAUUGGCCUCACGUUUAAAGCAGCAGCUUGCGGAUAUCCCCGGGGUGCACCUGUAUUCCCCCAUGGAACCGGGCUUGUCCUCCGGCCUGGUGGCCUUCGCCUUGUCGGGCUGGGAGCCACCAGCGGCAGUGGAACGGCUGUGGAACGACCAUCGCAUCGUGGUGCGGCAGGUAGAAUAUCCCCCGGGAAUCCGGGCAUCCCUCCACUUCUUUAACACCGAAGACGAGGCAGACCAACUGGCGCAGGCGGUUAAAGGGCUGGUAUAG